AAACGGAAGACUUGCAAGAUGCUGCGUGACCUCGCUCGACCUUUGACCUCGUCUGUGUUAUUGGCUUCUCUUGCUCUCGCUCUUUCGACGUCCAUUGACCCCUUAGUGAAGAUCAGGUUCAUGGACGCCGUUAUAGGGGUGAAGGAUUCUUCUGGCAGUCAGCAGCUGCGGCGCCUCCCUUACUGCCUGAAGAGCGCCGCCCUUCGCAACGCCUCGUGCCCCUGCGACACGGCCCUCUGCCAACACCACCUCAGCUUCAUAGGGGAGGGUGUCAGUACCUUCUGCCUCCCUGCCAACAUCACGGGGCUCUGCUACCGUUCCGAACUCGACCCCGACAAGUCCUGCGGCUGCUGCGUCGUGCAACGCCAAUACCUGUGCGAGUAG